AUGGCAGCGACGGCGAAGAAGAGGAUGUCGGUCGGUGCGCCUCGACAAGAGGAGUCCAACGCCGCAAACGACUCCGCGAUCGGACGUCGGGAGCGGUGGAGAGGAGUGUUUGAAGGCUCGGCGGCAUUGGAAGCUCGACGACGGGGAAAUUUCUGUCAGCUGGUGCAGAGUGACGGGCGUAAGUCGCCCUUAAAUAGACAAAGCCAAGUUACGGCUUCAUCGGGCGAGUUGAGACCUUAA